AUGUGCAUUCGCCCACAGGAUGGUCUAGAUCUUCAGUGCACAUCUGGCAUUCCUUGCUCCGUGACAAUCAGCGGAUUUAGCCUGCAAGAUGGACAUCGCCUGGCUCUGACAGAGUCUGACAGCUGUCAGGGUCCGCUUCGGGCGGUAUCAAACCUUCCAGACGAGGGAGCAUCCAGAGAUGCCAGCGAGGGCGUGUAUGUCUGGGGGAGCACGGGAUCCGAGUUUGCACCAGAGGGCGGCGCGUACCAGGUCUGCUGGUGUGCUAACAUUCAUGGCAUCGUCUGCGACAGUUUGCAGCUGUUCCAGAUACCCGUUGGCCAACUCCAGGUGCUGGGGCCUUCGAGCACUCACUUCUUCUGGUGUGUGCGCGGCAGAGACUGCACAGAUCUCCAGAAGUUGGAAGGUGUAGGUUUGUCCUCCAGAGACCAGGUCGCUCUUCGGAGCGCUGGUUGUGGAUCUGCAGCCUUCCAGCAAGUUUCGCCGAAGAACGUGAAUGGCAUUGCUAACAUCACUAACUCUUCUGACACGCUGAACGAGUCUAACCUGACAUUGUCCUUCGGGACAUCGAACCUGCAGCAGGGAAUCGACUACCGAGUAUCCGUUAAUGCGAACGAAGUUGGACAUGAUCUUUGCUGGUGUGGACGCGGAAGCUGCAAUGCAGAAGACUUUGCAGUUCCUUUCGGCAAGCUGCGUGUGCUUGGGCCAUUUGCUGGUCAAGAGGCGAGAUGCAUGCAGGGGCAAACUUGUCAGGUGCAGCUGGAGGGUGCCUUGGAUGGUUUUGGUGUCAGCCUUCUGGCUGGCGACCGCCUCACUUUCCUGUUCGAGUGCGGCCAGGGCCCAUUCCUUAUAGGUCUUCCUGGGCAGUAUGCCGAGACAUCCGAUGCAGUGAGCUUUCUCUUUCGGGAUGCCAGUGGUGCCCACCUCUUCGCAAGUUUACCAGGUAUCUACACCAUGUGUUGGUGCAGGCCUCACAGCAGCACAAACUGCGAGGCUGCCAGCGACUUCCAAGUUCUUGCAGGCUUGGUUCGAGUGACUGGACCUCUGUUGGGUCAGACCUUUCAUUGCCAGUUCUCCUCUCUCUGCAAUAUUUCUGGCUUGCAAGGUUCAGGCCUUGCAGUUGGGGACGAGCUGUUGCCCAUGCAGGAAUGUGGCACUUCGAGCCUGUCCGCAACUUUCCCAAGUGCGCAGCCAUUUUAUGCGAUUUCCGAGCCGACUGCAGCUGAUGACUUGGCAGACAAGAUCACCUUUAACCUUGGGCUGUUGCCGUUGCAGGGGGCUUCUCCUGAGACUGUCCAACUGUGUUGGUGCCCUUCUUCUGCAAAAUGCCAGAUGUCGGAAUAUCGUGCUGCAGCAGUGCACUUGCAGAUCUCUUGCCCUCCUGGUACCUACGAGCUAGUGGGGAGGUCGAGAACAUGCCAGGCAUGUCCUCCAGGCUCUUACUGUCCUGGAGGGCCGGACGGCAGAUUGGAGCAUUGCCCGCACGGGAGCACUUCACCUGUGGAGUCAACCGCGAAGCAGGACUGCAGCUGUCGCCGUGGCUUCGGCUGGGAUUCGCAGCUCGAAGUCUGUUUGCCUUGCCCUGCCGGAUCCUUCAAGCAGCUGGUGGGCAACCAGCACUGCGACGCCCAGUGUCCCCAAGACACCACCUCCUCGGCAGGAGCCAUCGGUGAGUUACAGUGUUUCUGUGCAAGCGGAAAGGCGGACACGGACCCAUCGCCAGCCUUUAGCUGCACAGAUCUCACAGCCAGCUUGGUUGAGAUGCCGAGGCCUGCUGAGGCCGCCAUUUUCUCUUUCACUGGAAACAUUCAUGUGGAGCCGGGGCGUCUUCCGGAGCUACAACCUCUGCUAGAGGAAUACGUGGAAUCAGAGACUGGGCGAGCAUCGCUCAGUGUUGUGGCUACAUCGGUGGACGUCAGGUACACUCUCUCCAGCUAUGAGGAGGAGGCCGUGCGUGAAGCACAUGCCAAGUUCCUGGCAGACCCUUUCGAGGCCUGGGCCAUCAAACUUCCAGGUGAGUUGGCGCUCAUCACUGCGAACAGCGCGGCUAUCACCAACGAAAGCAUCAGCUGCCCGGAGACAUGGAACUUUCCACCUGGGCCCAUCCGAAGUUUGGCCGAUUGCCGGUGCUCCUAUGGCAUGGAGCCUUCUGCUGACCUUUGCAGGAGAUGCCCUUUGGGCACCUACAAGGGGAUGGUUGGUACUUCAAGCUGCACAAGUUGCCCGGAAGCAGGCGGCGGCCUCAACCUCGUCCGGACUACCUUACGAGAGGGUGCAGUGUCCGCUGGAGAAUGCGUCUGCCCAGCCGGAUACAUGAGUCCGGAUUCCACCAAUUCUGAUUGCCAGCCCUGCGAACAGGGUUUUUUCUGCUUUGGUGGCCGCCAGGAACCUUGCCCACCAUUGACGAUCACCCGGGCCCAAGCCGCCAGCAGCGUCACGGACUGCAUCUGCGAACAGGGCUUCUUCGCUUCGGUAUCAGGUGUUUGCGAGCCUUGUGCUCCGGGCAGGUUUAAGCCGGAGGCUGGCAACGCCGAGUCGGAUUGCCAGACAUGCGCGGCUGGAACGUGGAGCAACACAUCCGGAGCAACCUCACACACAGCCUGCAUCCACUGCAUCCCAGGAUCCACCACGAAGAAUGACACAGCUACAGAGGAAGAUCUAUGCAUUCGUCCACUUCCUGGGCAGAUGCUGCGGUGCACUGCUGGCCGCACAUGUGAGGUUCGCAUCGCAGGGCACCAGCUACAUGAUGGCCACCGUAUGGCCCUCACCUCCAGUUCUGGCUGUAGCAGUGCCAACCAGCCUGUACCCAAUGUGGCAAACGAGGGCGUGUCGCAGCCCGCAUCUGAUCAAGGCCAACGGUAUGCCUGGCAGGGGGAUACGAAUGCCAUGGACUUCGCCCCUCCGGGAGGCUACUACAGUCUUUGCUGGUGCGCCGACCUACCUGGGCUCAGCUGCACAAGCUUGGAAAGCUUCCAGAUUGAAGCAGGGCGUCUUGAAGUCGUGGGGCCUUUCGCGAACCAUGACUUUGAGUGCAUUCGCGGCAUGGACUGCAGCAGCGGCCUAAAAAAAUUUCAGGGCCAGGGCCUCUCCACCAGCGACUCCGUAGCCAUGAAAGCUACCUGUGGAGCUGGCAGCUUAGAGAUCUCUCUUGCCAACACACACGGCCUUGGAAACCUCAGCGAUGAUUUCGAGCUGAGCUUUGGGGUUUCUGGCGCUUCCGAGAAUUUCGGCUUGUCCAUUGACGCAGACGAUCGUGGGUACCAGCUGUGCUGGUGUGGAGGCACGGCAGGGGGGACAGUUGCGAGGGCCCUGGGCUGUUGA